AUGAGUGUCGGAUUUGUAACGGCUUCGGGAAAAGGCAUAACGGUAAGCGAGAAGGCACUUCAGAAAGCACGUCAAUUCUUCGAACUUCUCGACAACUAUGAAAAUAACAGUUUAAUUCAAUCCACUGCUGAAAACACUGACAAUGCUUAUUGUAGUAUCGUGGAAAAUGGUGAUUCUGAGCUGCUUACUUCUCCCGUGAACGCAACGCGACGAAAUUCUAAGCGGAUCUCAUCAACAUUCAAGUCUCCUAUGAUCAAGAGUCCACGUCUUGACAACGUUAGUUAUAGCAGUAGUUUCAAUUCUCCAAUCAAAGAAAUUGCAACACCACCCGAGCAAUCAACUCCAACAAAACCAAAAAAUUCUGUCUGUGAUAAAGUUGCAAAUGUUACUCCGAUCAAAUUAUUGACACCGUAUUGCAAGAACUGGCGAAUGAAGUUUCAUAUUUUACGUGGUCUUUAUUUUCAGAUAAGAUGUAUUCGAGGUCAACAUAUAUUCUCAUUUCUAGCAGUGGAUGACGGUGGUGUCGAAAUUCGUGUUUCUGCUUUUGGUGACACAGCAUACAGAACUGCUACUCUGAUUUUCCCGGAACAAAUGUAUUAUAUUACGCGCGCAUCGGUAAAAAUGGUAUGCAGGAGAUAUAGCCGUAAUCAGCACGAUAUGGAAGUUGUACUUCGACCAGAUAGUGAGGUCACAAAAUGCAUGGAUCGACCUCACAUUUUGUCGCCGAAAGUAAACUUUGAGUUUGUGCGCAUUCACAAUUUGCCAAGUUUUAUCGAUACAGAAAUAGAUGUGUUGGGAACCGUAAUAGGUAUUGGUGAAAUGAAGCAACUGAAAUCAAAAACUGGCGAUGAGCUGCAAAAACGGGAUAUACAGAUCGUUGACGAUAGUAGUUACUAUGUUACUAUAAGUCUUUGGGGACAAAAAGCAAAAAUAUUUCCGAACGAACAAUACCAACAUAUAUUAGCCGCCAAAGGGUUGCUCGUGCGUAAUUUUCAAGGAACAAUAUCUUUAGUUUCAAUGACUUCUAGUAAAUUGGUACACAAUCCACAUUUUCCGGAAGCCAAUGCACUUCAGUUUUGGUACAGUGAAAACAAGGACAAGACUUUUAAACCUGUAUCAAUGAAUCAGGUUUCAUCAUUUCAACAGCAUAGAUGGAUCAAGCAGCUAAAACCCUCGCUAAAUGGUCACUUUUUCAACUUAACUGCAAUGAUUUCUUCUAUUUUUACAGAAAAUGCUGUGUACAAGGGUUGCCUAAUUUGUAAGAAAAAGUUAUUGGUCGAGAAGAAUGGUGAUCUCUAUAUAUGUCCAAAAUGCGGUAUUUGCAACGAAUAUAAAUAUUACUACACUUUACAUAUGGAAUUAUUCGAUUUUACCGGAACUGUCCAUGUGACUGCAUUUGAUGAUUGUGCACAGAAAUUGGUAGGGGAACAGGCAGAUGAAGUUGCUAAAUUCCUGAAAUUUGAUAGCGAUCGAUAUCAAUUAUCUUUCAAAAAUGUGCUUUUCAAACCGUAUAUGUUUCGAAUCGGUGCACAAAGAGGGAAUAUUGAUUAUUCGACAGUUCCAGCUAAAACAAAGCAAGUUUAUUUCUGGUCGAUGAAAGAUUUGAUCCCGAUACCCUUCGAUAGCUAUUGUACAUUUUUAGAACAUGUGGUUGAACAUGCUGGCACUGCAAUAUCUACAAAAAAAUGA